GAAGCCCUCCGAUUCACCACUGUGAGGCUUACAUCGCCACCUUGGGUUUCGCUCACUGGCUUUGACGCGCAUCACAUUGCCAAUUACAUCCAGACUCAUCAUCCAGUGAUUUGAGCUGUAGGCUGCUGAAGUCGCCAAGAUGCCGCAUAACGAACGAGUGCUCAAGUUCAGUCGCACGGAUGAUGAGGCCAAGUACAUAUUGGUCAACGUCAAGGACCGAGGGCCGAAGCCGCUCGAUCUCAGACUCGAGGCCACAGAAUUUGAAGCUGAGUAUGCUUCAAAACUGAAACAAAGCGAUGUUUCUUCGCUUCGUGCCAAGAAUGGCCCAGUAGACGAUGGAGAGUGGCACACAAUACUCGAGCAAUUACUUCGGUAUGGCUAUAUCCCAGAUAUAGAAGCCACGGCAGUCGUAGCUGAGGGCAAAUCGAUAUCCAUCAUCGUACGAAAGUCCAUCCAGGGCAUAAGCCAACGUCUAGGGGAGCUAGUAAUACCGCAAAUCGAGGGUGGCGAGCUCAAUGUCCUGGAGUGGUGCGCGACUGCCGUCGACGCAGUAGUGGAUUGUGAGAAAAGGGCCGCCGCAUCCACGUCGAAGAUUUCCCAGCUGGAGAACGAGGUCACCGAGUUGAGGUCUCAGGUUGAGGAGCUUAUCCAGGCCAAGCAAGAGGACGAGACUGUUCUCCUCAUGAAAUUCCGCGACCUGCUCAACGAGAAGAAGGUCAAGAUCCGGGAACAACAGAAAGUCAUUGCGGCUCUUCCCUCAAGUGCCGGUUCUGCCUCUCAGCAGCCGUCUCAACCAUCUCAGCCUACAUUACCUCAACGAGGACGCAAGACGCAGACAUCACGAGCCACCAAGAGAAAAGCAGCCGCACCAAUUGUGGAAGAAGAGUCGGAUGAUGGCUUUGAGUCGAUCGAAAUUGACAAAGUCAAAACUGAGCCAACCGAACCUCAGGAUCCGGAAGAGACAGAGAAGGAUACGGAAAGCGACGCCACAGCCUCUACAGCGAGUGAUGGUGAGCCAGCGCCAGGUCCAUCCGGGGUGCCUUCGGGCAAGGCGCCCAAAAGUCAGCCUUUGGCAACAGGAGGGUCCAGCGCAGCGGCACAGCAACAGAAGAAAAGUGCACAGCCGCCGCCCAAAAGAAGCUUGCCAUUCACUGCGAAGAAACCAACACCCGCAGUACCUGGAGGCGAGGGGAGCGAGACUGCUUCGGACGAUGAACUUUGAAUACGGAAUCCUCGGGUGCG